ACAGUUUGAAAAUGACAAGUAUAGCAAAAAAACUAUUAAAAAAAUCUGGCUAUCCAAUUAUAAGAGAUUCAAAUAAACCUAAAAAUUUAUUUGAAUUAUUAAACGUCUUUCCAAAUUAUGGUGUUGGACUUAAAGUGGCACCAGAUCAUUGGGUCAAGAAAGGAAUUCUUGAAAGCUAUUAUGAAAUAACAAAAGUUGCUCCAAAAUUAAAGGUGAGAUGGACUUUAAUUCAAUUUUUAAUAUAAUUUCCUAAAACAUGUUAUGCUCUUUGUGUGUAGGAUAUAAAUCAUGGAAAAGUAUUUGGUAUUAAGGUUUGGAAAGGUAAAAUAUUAUACGAAGGCA